GAGCAGAAGAGAGGGAGACAGGAGAAUCCGUGGGUAUCUGCUAAUUCUCUCUCUCUCUCUCUCUCUUUCUUGCAUUUUCCGAUGUGCGUCAGUUAGACCAUAAAUGAACAAAGUCUGUGUCUUUGAAGUCAUGUGACAUAGGCAGAGGAAUCACCUACAGUGCCACAUCCCCCACCCACAUCAUAAUAUACAUACUCAGACCAGAGACUACACACUAUCACAGAGAGAAAGAGAGAGAGAGAGAGAGGUUAUAAGUAAGUGGUUGAGCACUUGGCAGCAGUUGAACAGAGACUUUGGCAAGAAAAAGAAGAAGAAAAAAGAUCUCUUAGGAUAAUUAAAGAAAACACAUUCCACUUCAAAGAAGGACAUAGCACAAUCAAACAUGAAGGUGCAGGUUCUGAUUCUUCUAGCAACAUCCCUGGCUAUCUCAUGCUGCCUGUCUGAGGAGAAGGAGGUGUUUGUGGAGAGCGGCUCAGUGGCAGUGUUGCCAUGUGUGGUGCCCUCCUUCAAUGCACAUUCAUCUGCAGUGCACUGGAAAAAGGCUAUUGGAAACGAGCUGAAGACAGUAUGGCGUAGGGACAGGAGCGGCCUCGAGUUCCGGCCAGUGGGGAGAGGUCCACGUGCUCACUGUCCCCAGCCAAACUUUGGAAAGGGGGAUUACAGUCUUCAUAUUGAGGGAGUAAGGGAGGAGGAUGGAGGGAUGUACUACUGUGUUGUAGAAGGCAACACGGUGAAUGUCAAGGUCAUGCUCCGAGUUGUCAGAGUGUCCUUCAGUCCCGCUGAAGUGGUGGAGGGCAAUGAUCUGACGAUUACCUGCAGCAUCACUCCACAGCCAGGCAGCAUAGUAACGACAUGGGAACUGAAUGGUUCACAGGAGCCCUCUCAGACAUCCAUUCAGAUGUUGAAACGUUCUAAUGUGUCUCAAAAGGAGUCUGGAAUCUGGAGUUGCCUGGUUCGGAGAAGAGCGUCUAGUGAAGUACAGUUAAAAGCAUCUGCAUCACUGCAAGUCAAAGGAAUCUUAAACCCUAAGGGUAAUCCUGCAGUGGCGUAUGCUGAGGUGGGGUCUUCCGUCACCCUGCCCUGCAUCUUCUCUGAUGGGGACAUUUCAGACGCUGCUUGGAAGAAAGUGUCUACUACAACUAGCCUGCCUGUUUCACUCCCUCCAUCUUUCAAGAUUUCCUCCAGCCCUGCAGUCACAAAGUGGGACAAGUCAGCUUACAUUGAGAGCGUGGAGGAGGCAGAUCAAGGCAUGUACAAGUGCUCUGGACAGAUGAAGAGUGCCGAUGGGAAGGGAGUGUCAGUUGAGAGGAACAUUCAGCUGGUCAUUGCUCAAGUUCAGAGAUCAUCCAGAAGUGGUCAAAUGACCUUGACUUGUGACCUAAGUGACACCAAUCAAGUCACACAAUAUGAAUGGCUCCGUUUGGACAACAGUGAAAAUGCUACUCAUACACUGACCCCUCUACAAAAGUCAACAUCAAAGGUCUUUACCAUUCCCAAAGGUGAAACAAACAAUCUGGGUGGAUGGAUGUGUCGUUUCUACAACCAGCAGAGGCUUUUGGGAAAUGUAACUUACCACCAAGAAAUGAUGAGUGCUGUCAAGGGCCAGAAUGAGUCUGGAAGCAGUAAAAAGGUGAUCACUCUGAUAGGACUGAGCUUGCUAUUAAUGCUGGUACUGCUAAUUUUGCUCCAGAUGUACAAGAACCAUCGCAGGAGAAAAAUGGUCAUGCAGUAUCCAGCUAUGGAGACCAUUGUCCACCUGGCCGCAAAUGAACGAGAAAGGAAAGAAAGAUGCAAGGCGAGAGAUAAGGAGCUGAAGGCCAGCUGCAGUGCAGAUAUGACAUUAACAUCUGUGUGAAUUCUUUACUGCUUUUUGAGGAUUUCAUGUUGAGGUUUUGAGGGCUGACUUUUGCUCUGUGUGCAUUAUUAGUGUAUAUAUGAAUAUGUGUGUGUGUUUGUUUGUCACUUGCAGACAACUGUAGCAUGUAAAUAGGCCAUGACUGAGUAAAACUACAAAACUAUUUUUUUAAACGCUGAUCUUUAUGAUAUUGCAUAAACAAACACAAAUAAAAUACUGUAUAUGUAUACAACAAAAAUAAAAAGACUUACAAAAUAAAGUGCAUAAGUCAUUAACCUGUUUUUUUUUAUUUAGACAUGUUUUCCUGUACAGUGUGUAUAGCACAGUAUAUACAAAGUUUAUAUAUUUAUUUUUUAUAAUAAACAAUACACUUUUCUAAUAAAUAAUUAAUAUUUUUAUAUAUGCAUUACAUACACACUACUGUUCAAAUGUUUAAAUCACUUGUUAUAGUCAUAAUUUGUUAUU